UCGUGGCCUUGAAGAAGUGUUUUUUUCUUAGCCCUCACGGUAAUUUUGUUUUAUUUCUUCUUUUCCUUUAAAUUAAUGAAUUGCUAAUUUGGGUUGAUGAAAGCCUCCUAGAUCUGGGCCUCCCUGCUGCUGCACCGAGUACUUGAAGGUGGUGAAGCAAAGCUUGUGUAGGGGGGCGGCUCCUUGAUCUGAGCUGAAAUUCAGACCUGAACCUGCCGGGCGAGGUGAUGUACGGAUCGUCGGUGUCCAAGGAUCUAAACCUUCCGGCACAACCGGCGAUGAGUUCGUCCGGGCUGCUGAGGUACAGAUCGGUGCCGAGCACGCUGCUCGGCGAAGUCUGCGAAGACUUCCUCCCUGCUGAGCCCCGCGCCGCCAGCCCCGACGCCGGCGCCGAUAACGUUUUCUCCAGGUUCUUGGCCGACCACCAUAUCCGGGAAGACAAGCCGUCGCCGCCGGCGCCUCCUGCCCCUGCCGCGGUUCACUUCCCGAAUGAAGCCGCUAUGGCCUCCCAACAGCUGCAAAUGAUGUUCCACGCCCAGCAGCAGCCCGGGCUCUACCGCACCGUCAUUUCCGGCACGGAGGCCGCCGCCGCUGCCGGCGUCGGCGUCGGCGCCAGCAGCCUGAUUCGGCAGAGCAGCUCGCCCGCCGGAUUCCUCGAUCAAUUGAACAUGGACAACGGAUAUGGGGGCAUGCUGAGGGCAGGCAUGGGCAUGGGCUUCAGGAACGGCUGCAGCGCCGCUGCGGCCGACUCCCCCGCAGGCGGCGGGAGCAGGCUAAAGGGGCAGCUCAGCUUCUCGUCACGGCAAGGCUCGCUGAUGUCACAGAUCUCGGAGAUGGGCCGCGAGGAGCUCGGAGGGAGCAGCCCCGAGGCUGCCGGUGGCGGCAGGGGGUACAUCCCCGGGUACCCAACGGGCUCCGGGUGGCAGGGCACGUCGUCUCUCAUGUCAGAGAACUUGUCUGGGAUGAAACGCCGUCGGGACUCGUCGGAGCCUGGACAGAACGGCCUUACGCACCAGUUCAGCCUGCCGAAGACGUCGUCGGAGAUGGCAGCUAUCGAGAAGUUCCUCCAGUUCCAGGACGCUGUGCCUUGCAAGAUCCGCGCCAAGCGGGGAUGCGCCACGCACCCGCGCAGUGUCGCCGAGCGGGUGAGGAGAACAAAGAUCAGCGAGCGAAUCCGAAAGCUGCAAGAACUCGUGCCAAACAUGGACAAGCAAACCAACACUUCUGAAAUGCUGGAUUUGGCUGUCGACUACAUCAAAGAACUCCAGAAGCAGGUUAAGGUGUUAAAUGAGAGCCGCGCUAAUUGCACCUGUUCAGCGAGCAAGAAUCAGCAGUACUCCGGUUGAAGCCCUGGACUCCGCAGUGCACACCGAACAAAACCCUGAGACCUCAAAAGCAAAUUCAUUUUGGACAGAGGAGAUGCAAACGUUGCUCUCAUUUCUUUGGGGUUUGAAAAGAGGCAAUGGAGUAGCUCGUGUACCAGGCAGUGUAUCUGUUAUGAGCUAAGGGGAAUGGAGCACUGGCAUCAUCAAGUAUUCAAGUGAUAAGGAGAAGGGUGAACGUGGGGAGACAUGGAAGAAACAAUUGUAUAGUUUUGCUGUAACUUUGUAUAUAUACCACCCUUUCCGUAGAAAGUUGCUAGUGUACUUCUACUUCUUGUAGCAGCUGUACAUGUGCCACAACAAAAUAGUACAAAAACCUGAAGGUGUUCAAUGGAAGCAAUAGUGUUUCAAA